AUGGACAAAAGUCGUUUCUUCUUUAACUUUUCCCAUCCAUUUACAUGGUUUGCAAAACCGCUUGCAUUGUCGCCAUUGCACUGUGCCCAAUAUGGCUGGGAGAACAGUGAGGUUGACAUACUACAGUGCGUCAGCUGCAAGGCGUGUCUUGAUGCAACCAUAUCCACCACAUGGGAUUCUGACAUUUAUGCCAAGACUUGUGAUCAGUUGAAGGAAGCACUUGUCAGUGGCCAUUCUAAACAGUGUCCAUGGCCUGAUAAUCCCUGCCCAGAGUCAUUUGUAAAGUUACCAUUGUACAGCUACUCUCAGUGGCUGGAGGACUACAGAGAAAGAUGGAGAUCCAUUAUCAUGCUUGUCGACGAGAUCCCCUUUGUUGAUGAACAAGCUAUCAAGGACAUGGAUUGUUUGACAACAGGUCACAUUGAAGGACUUCAGAAUUUAGUUGACCCAGGAAGCAUCAGCUGGACAAGAAAUGAACUGGACUUAGAACAAGCAUCUAAAGCAUCUUGUAUUAUUGCGCUUUGUGGGUGGACGGGCAGGAUAGCAAGUGAACCAGAAUUGAAUACUCUCUCCUGCUCCAUGUGCCGACGGGAGUUGGGUGUGUGGAAUUUCUUCCCCUUGACACAUGUUCCGACUGACCAAGAUGACAGACAAGGACAGGACGCUCCUCCAUAUCUAGACACGGGACAGAUGUUUGACAAGGAAAGAAGACCAGUGCAGAUCCCAGACCCGGAAGAGUCUUGCAGCGGUGGGAGUAGUGAAGGGGGCAUCCAGGGGGUUGCCAGGGAUGAUGACGAGAGUGCCGGUACAGAGGCUGAGAAAUCGGAGCCCAUGGAAGAGGGUGGAGGUUGUGAUAGGGCAGAGAAAUCCUCAACGGAGGAUUCCGCAAUGGAAAAAGAAUACGAGGAAGCAGAGACUUCUAUUACAUUGACUGUCAAAUCAUAUGAGCCAAUGGGUCUUAAGUCUCCAUUGCAUCGCUCUCUGUCCAACCUGCCAGGCGAGGAGGCGACAGAGUCUUUAUGUGUAGAGGUUGAGAAUGAAAGCUUGUCAGAGAGACUCCAGGAUGUUGAAUCAGAGCUGGAAUUCAUGGGGUGUGGUAGGGAGGGCAUGUCGGAGAGGGAAGAUGGUGGACCAAGGGCAAAGAAAAGGAGAUUACAGGAAAUAGAAAAGAACACUUUCCACACGCUAUCAGAGCACCGGACCUGGUGUCCGUGGGUAGUGAAUAUGCGCGGCAGUGACGGGAACACUACACCAGCUGGCUGGAGGCUCCUUCUGGGGACCCUUCUACCUUCACUGAGUCCCACUGCAACUCAUUUGAUACACGAGAUUCCCCCGCAGGAUGCGUGGAAAACAGUGAGAAGGUUACUGAGUGAUUGCUUUUCUCCAGUGAAACAAACUUGACCACAAAGCAGACAUUGUUUGUUAAAAAGAGAACUAUUGAAACAGGGGAUAGGAUGGGAGAGAUGCUAGCUAAAGCGUCACUGGUUUCGUGGACGUUUGUUCCUGGCUCAGCUCAGUUUACUUCGGUCAUGUGAAGAGUACUUGAGUAUCUUAAAAGGGCUCUCUAAACAACAGCUUACAUUUUAUGAUAAACAUUAACACUGGACGCUCCGUGCUGAAGUGUAUUUAAAGGAUUAUAUUUUUUAACUGAGACACGCAAAGUAACGUUACUUGCUGUUCUGGGGGGUGUAGAGAACUUUCUCCUUGGUUAUUCGUCGAUUUAUUACAGAGCUGUUUUACAAUAACAUGGAUGGCGUGAUUCCCGAGCACUGUGACAAUGGAUCUGGUAACGCAAUUACGAUGGAUUCAGUUGUACUGACAGGAAGCUUCAGUAGAAGUCAUUAGAAGCGUGACAACCCUCACAUUUAGAGGGGUAGCGCUGCUAUUUUACGUUCACCAUAGUAUUCAAGGGUGAAUUUGCAGUGUAAACAAACUGGCAUGUGUAGUCAGAGAAUAUAUCUGGUAUCGGAGUAGACAUUUUGCAGUGAAGAGCAUGCAGAGUUGCUCUGACGAUAAUGAGAUCAUCUAUGGACAUCUUCGUUUAAAUUUCCACUUGUUAGAAGUUGACUUUCACUUAAUUUUAUUUUAACCUCUCUACAACACCAAACUUUAAAAUUCGUUAGUUUCGGGUUAACCUCUUUUUCUCAGAGGAAGACAGACAGGCGAUCACAGAGGGACAGACAGACAGACCGACCAAAAAACAGAGUAACAGAAAGACAGACAGACAGACAGACAGAC